UUGCCAUCAGUACAUCAGUUAUUACAAUUCAGAGUGUCCUGAUUCCUGAAGCUUCAUCGAUGGCAAUGUCUGCGUCACGCGUUCAUCAUCAUCUUCUUCGAAAACCCUUUACAUGCAGUAGUAGAAGCUUGGGCGACCAAGAAUUGAGCCAAAACUUGGAUAACCUACAGUUCAUCUGGGGCAAGAAGUCACUGAGUGAUCUCAGCACUUGGGGCAUCGGAGGCCGGUGUAAGAUUUUCGUUCAAGUCUUCAACCAAACGCAGCUCCUCUCCGCCGUCAGGUAUUGUAGAGAGCGUUCUGAGAGGGUUUUGGUCGUUGGGAAAGGUUCAAAUUGUCUUUUCGACGACGAGGGAUUCGAUGGCUGCGUUAUACUCAACCGGAUCGAGUUUCUGGAGAAGGUGGAACCCGGAGUUUAUCGGGUCGGAAGUGGAUAUCCGUUUAACCGUCUUGGCCUGCAGAGCGCGAGUGAAGGCUUCACCGGGCUAGAAUUCGCCGGCGGUGUUCCCGGGACUGUUGGUGGCGCUGCUUACAUGAACGCCGGUGCAAAUAGCCAGGAGGCCGGUGACUGUAUUCAUACUGUCGAAAUAAUCACCACCGGCGGUCAAACUCGGGUACUAGGAAAGCCCGACCUGGAUUUCGGUUAUCGGUCAUCGCCGUUUCAAGGGAUGAAGGACCUGGCAUCCAUCACUGCAGUUACAUUCAAGCUCAAGUUUUCUCAAGAUGCCAAAGAAAAACAAAUGGAAUAUUUAGAAAGAAGAAAAAGGAGUCAACCACUGGGAGAGAGAAGUGCAGGUUCAGUGUUCAGAAAUCCAUCUGAUUUGGAUGUUUCAGCAGGAGAACUGAUUGAGAGGGCUGGAUUGAAAGGGUUCAGAAUUGGGGAGGCUAUGGUCUCAGAAAGGCAUGCAAAUUUCUUCAUAAACCGCGGGGGCGCAACUUCUCACAACAUGCUACAGCUUAUAGCUCUGGUUAAGGAAAUGGUGCAUCACAAGUUUGGUGUGCAACUCAGAGAAGAAGUCUUAUACAUCCAAUGAUCCAUGGUAAAAUGUUACAUUAGAGCAGGAUUUCUGGGUAGAGCUUUGGUUAUGAAAUGAACAAGAAUUCCAAUGGGGCAAAAGAGCAAGCAUAGCGACACAGAAUGCCGGAUCUCCACAUCAUUCUGCAGUCCAUCUUGGUAUACUUGCCUGUUAAACAUCAUUCACCAUUCAUUAGAAUUUACAGUACCUGUCUUGGCAUCAUCCUUCCUAUCCCCGAAAAAAAAAAAAAUAAAGGAAAAAGUGUGAUUCUGACCAUUCAAUUGCUAGUGUUUAUAGUUGUUUUAGCCCUUGACUAUCAUAAAGGAGCAAAUGUCACUCUCAAUUAUUUCAAACCGUUACGAUUUUAGUUCUCUGCUAACGGUCCCAAAAAAAACUUCAUUAGGGCUUGAAAAACAUGUGUAACUCCAUAUUAUUUUAGCAUGCAAUGCACAUACUUUCACAGCCCUAACAUGCUUCUUUAAACCCGUUAGCAGAAUGCCUAAAAUCUGGAAUAAUUGAGUGUGACAUUUGCUCACUCAUGAUAGUCCGUAACUAAAAAGACUAAACGCUAACUAUUGAAGAUCAAAAUCACACUUUUCCCUAAAAUAAACGAGAGGAAG